AUGGGUAACAAAGCUGUGAAUCAUCCAAUGGACCCCAAGAAGCGGGAUGCUGAUAUUGAUACCAAAUUGCAAUUCUACGGCAUCUACAGUGCUUUUGCCAAUGGCAAGCUCCCAACCAACAAGCAAUGCGACGUUGCUUUGAACAGCGCCGCCAACUCCAAGUGGUUGACUUCCCCCUCGAGCGAGUUGUCCGAUGAAGGGAAAACUCUGGUGAAGGACUUGCGCAAUAUCAUUGAGCAGUCUAAAAACCUCUUCCUGUCCAAGAACGAAGGAGAGCUGUUGCAGGAAUUCAUCUGGGAAGCCCAGCACAUCAGCGGCGAAGACUUCCAAAAAUUAUCCUCACCGGUCAACAAGGAUGCUGCCCAGCAGGAUGCCAACAAGGCUGCCGAGGGCUUCAAGACUCUCGGUACCCUGCUGAUUACGAACGGCGAAUUCCGCAAGCUCCUUAGCGAUGCCGUGGUUCUCCUCCGCGACAUUGCCGGCGAUGCCGCAUCCAACGCCGCCACCAAACUCAAGCCCGAUGAGGAUACCCUUGCCCAGAUUGAUCAACCAGCUCAGGACAAUGUCUGGCAUGACAAGCCCAACCUUUCCAAAGAUCAGAUCAAGAACCAACUGCGUGAACAAACCCAGAAGUACAAGUUUGCCAACAAGGAAGAUGUUGAGGCCGCUAUUAACGAAGGCGCCAAUGCCGCAACCGGAGGAAAAGACGAAGUUGCAGCUUCCGACCUUGAUUCCCAGGCCGGUGCUUCUGCAAUCGCCCAAAGCCUUCAGCAAAGUGCCGACAAGAAAAUCUCCCCCGAGGACAAGGAGAAGGCCCAGAAGACAGCCGACGAGGCCAAGGGUACUGCCAAUGAAUAUGCUCGUCGCACCAAGGAAUUCCUUGCCAAGAAGUUGCCAAAAGAACGCCGUGAUCAAGUUGUGUGGCGUCUGAAGAAGAUGAUUGUUGAAAUCCAGGGACACUCGGACUACCAGCAAGCCAUCGAGACCCUUCUUACCCUAGCCGAAACAUACGCCGGUCACGGAAAGAGCGUAACCCAGCAGGGCUCGCAGAGCGCAAAAGGUGCCCGACAGGAUACGAAUUUGAAGCAAGCAGAGACUAACUUGAGGACAUUAAUCGAGCGGUUUGCUAACAGCACAUCGACCGAUGACCUCUUUGAUUCGCUCAACACUAUCUACCGCGAUGCCGAUCAAGAUCCCCGUCUAAAAGAAUGGUUCACGAAUGUCGACACCUACAUCCGACAAUGCUUGCGCGAGCAAGGUUUUGUUUUGCAGGAUGCUGCCACGACCCAGUGGAACAAACUCUACGAUGAAGGCCGCUUUUUGUUGCGUGACCGCUACAGAAACCACACCGACCGCAUUGUUGAUGAGAUCAAGUUUUUGGCUAACCAAUUUGAUGAGGAUCCUCAAAACAAAGCAUUCCGUCAAUCAUUGGAGAAGCUGUUCAAGGAUCUGGGCCAGGACCAGAACGGCAAGCCUGUUUUCAAGCCUCAUCUCAUCAAGGAUAUUACCAAUAUUAUAAUCCCCGAGAUCUUCCAGUCUGCCCGUUACAUUCCUAUUCCCAGAAUCGAAGUCUCGGAUCCCGCUGUGGACAUGGUCAUUGAAAACCUGGUCAUCGAGAGCGACAACUUGAUGCCUAAUGUUGUAGAACUUAGCACCGACAACUUCUGGCGUUGGGGCCGCAAGAAGAUCAACAGCAUAGAUGACCACAAGUUUAUGAUUUCCGCUUCUGGCAUUCAGGCCGAUAUCAGAGAUGUUAGCUACUAUCUCAAGAAGAAGCAGGGAUUCCCCUCCAUCUCUGACACUGGUGUCAUGGAUCUCUUCCUCGGCGGCGAGGGAUUCAGCUUCAAACUCGCUGCUUCCAAAGCCCAGAAAUCUGACAAAGCUCACAUCUUCAAGGUGGACAAUGUCAGCGUCAACGUGAAGAACCUGAACAUCAAGCUGAAGAAGUCGAAGCACAAGCUGCUUUUCAACAUCUUCAAGCCGACUCUGUUCAAUGUUGUCCGGCCUGCUGUCCAGAAGAUCUUGGAGAAGCAAAUCAAGGAGGCCUUUGUCAAGGCCGAUGCAUUUGCCUACCAAGUGCAGACCGAAGCCCAGCGCGCUCAAGAGGCCGCCCGGGACGAUCCCGAGAAUUCUGCCAACAUCUUCUCGCGAUACGCCGACGCUACACGUCAAAUUCUUACCGAGAAGAAGAAGCAAGCCGAGGGUACUCCCAAGCGCGACACCACCGUCCAGGUGGCAAUGACACACCAGGACGCCAUCUUCAAGGACAUCAAGCUGCCUGGCAAUGUCACCAACAAGGCAACCGAAUACAAGGAGAAGUCUGCCCAGGGCGACCGGUGGCACUCCUCAGUGUUUGACUGGGGUAAGGCUGCACCAUCGAAGAGCUUGCCCAAGGCUGGCGAUAUUACUCGCAAGCCUCACACCACCGCUGACAGCACUCUACGAAACACCACUCAGACCAAUGGUGCCGGUGCCAAUGGCCACGUCUUGGGAACAAACGGAGCCACCAAUGGCAACUUCAAAAAGGAGGUUGACCGCGCUUUUGACACCAACGGCGUCCCGGUCAGCGUUAACGUCCCGGUCGCCACCAAUCUUACUGUGUAA